AAAAAAGUAAAAUCUAUUUAAACGACGUAUGAAAAACGGAACACUUUUAUGUCUUAUUAUUAUUACUAGAUGGCAGCGUCAUUAGGAAUAGUCUUUUUCAGCUAUCACAUGUUUUUUAAACCCAAAGUGGAGCUGUCUCUCCUUCCCUACAUCUCUUUUCUUGAAAUAAACAAAAACACCUUUUACUUUUGUAUAUUUCAUCUUCAAAGUUGUUAUUAAAAUUAAACGAUUGAAUUUUAUUGUUCUUUUACCACUGUUUUACGCGUAUUAUAAUGCUUUAUUCUAUGAAAAUAUUAUUUGAUUUUCUUAUAUUAAUGCUUAAUAUAAAUUGCUCUAGGAAUUGAAAUUAAUUUUUAACUGUGAAGCCGGAAAAAUGGAUUUAAAAUCUGAUGCUACUCUAUUAGGAGCAUGGACCUUUUUUGCUUCUGCACAUGCCAUAGAUGUAUGUGGAAUUAACGGAUUGCCUCUGACUCCUAAUUCAAUUCGCAUCUUAGGCAGAUUUCAAAAAUUGAAGCUUUUAAUUCAUGAUAGAUUAAGUCUUUACUUAGAUGCACAAAGAGGGAAACAUGAAAGAGUGAUGGUUGUCUCUGAACAUUAUCAAAAUGGAUUACACAAUAAGAAAAAGAAGUUUUCAGUGGACUCAUGUAAAGAUAUUGCCCUUUUGUCAUUUGAAAUAUUAGAUGGAUUGUCAUAUUUGCAUAGUCAAGGUAUGGUCCAUAGAUAUCUAUCUCCAAAUAAUAUUCGAUUUGAUUGUGAGGGGCAUGUAAAGCUGUCAAACUAUGGGUUAUAUUACAUGACUGAAAAUGGAUCCACAGUUUCUUUUCCAAUAGGAUCCCCUAAUUACAUGGCUCCUGAAGUGCUGGCUCAUGGUUUGUUUCCUUAUCCAUCGUCUCCAAAGUGCGAUAUUUGGUCACUUGGUAUAAUACUUCUGGAAUUAAUCUUGGAAAAUUCUUUGUUUGAAGGACUAACGUUAGAUGAACUGUUAAAAGAAAUAAUACUUUUUACCAAACUUGAAAAUGGAUCUGAAGUAAUUGACAGGGUUUUGAAAAAACAUGAUUGCUCUUCACGUUUAGAGGCUGCAUCUCCUAACUUAAAAUCAUUUAUUGCUGAUUGUUUAACACCAAAUCCUAGUCAGAGACCAGAUGCUCAGCAAUUGUUACAACACUCUUUCUUUAAUGAAUUUGACUUCAAAUAUGUGAGAAGAAGAAUGAAUGCUCCUCUUUCAUUUUUAUCUACUCAGAUGCGAUGCAAUGGUGUGAAGGAUAAGAAACAGAUUUUAUCUUAUUUGGAUGAUCAUUUAUGCCAAAGACCCUUGCAUGAGGUGUACUAUUUAUGGCGGUUAGCAGGAGGAGAUUUAGAGUCUGAACUACGUAGGCAGGAAUUAAUCAGAGCUAAACCACCUGUAUUGAAUGUUUCUAAAAUAAUAUCUGGAGAAGGGGAAGAGUUUGGUCAUGAAAAAGAUCAAGCAUUUUUAUUGGAUGAUUCAAUAUUGAUUCUACCUCUUGAGCCUCUAAAACAUAGAUUAAGGGAUGUGGAUAAUGAUAUUUAUUACCCUCUUACUGAAUAUUCUUUGAAUGGCAUUACUCUUGCAUCAUGUCUUUCAACACUUAAAGAAACAUCAAAGCUUCCUAUUAUCAUUAAAGAAAAAGAUGUUGAGUACCAGCUUCAUCGUAUAGUUCUUUUUAAAAAGCUACUUGAAGGAUAUCCAUAUAAGAGGACUCAAAUGCUUCAAGAAGCUAAGAUUGAUGUACCCCCUUUGUAUCGUCCUUGGAUUUGGGCCACUCUCUUGGACAUUGAGGGUGAUAUUCAAAGCAUAUAUGAUAGUAUAGAUAAAGAAACUCCAACACCAACUGACCGCCAGAUUGAAGUUGAUAUCCCUCGAUGCCAUCAAUAUGAUGAAUUGCUAUCUUCUCCUGCAGGGCAUCUAAAAUUUAAGCGAAUUCUUAAAGCAUGGGUUGUGAGCCACCCUCAGUAUGUAUACUGGCAAGGACUGGAUUCUUUGUGUGCACCAUUUUUGGCAUUAAAUUUCAAUAAUGAAGCAUUAGCAUAUGCUUGUUUUGCAUCAUUCAUUCCCAAGUAUUUGUAUAAUUUCUUCCUGAAAGAUAAUUCUGCUGUUAUUCAAGAGUACCUUGCUAAAUUUUCCCAUCUAAUCGCAUUUCAUGAUCCUGAGUUAACAAAUCAUCUGGAUAGCAUUGCAUUCAUACCUGAGUUGUAUGCAAUACCAUGGUUUCUCACUAUGUAUACACAUGUGUUUCCUCUUCAUAAAAUCUUUCAUCUGUGGGAUACUUUGUUAUUAGGACAUGCAUCUUUCCCACUCUGCAUUGGUGUUGCUAUACUAAAACAAUUAAAGAAUAAUUUAUUGUCUUACAGUUUUAAUGACUGCAUUCUGAUGUUUUCUGAUAUGCCAGAAAUUGACAUCCAGCGUUGUGUCCAAGACUCAAUUAAAGUUUUUUGUAGUACACCAAAAAGUAUAACAUACAGGAUGCAUGAAAGUCCUAAUCCUAAACAAAAAAAACGUUUUGAAUCAAACACUAAGUUUUCAAAGGCCGAUAGUGUGGCAGAUUCUGGUCUGACUAUGAAACCAAUCCCAUUACAUGAGCUUAUAUCUGAAACAUGUCCGAGAAUUUCUGCUGAAGAUCUCUUAGACUUAUUAGAUAUUUUACCAGAUUCUAAAACCAGAGCCAGAUCACAAAGCAUAAAGUUAUUGGUGAUUGACAUUCGACCAAAUGAUGAAUAUAGCAAAGGAGCUCUGCCAAAUAGCAUCAACAUUCCUUUCUCAUCUGCAUUCACAUCUGACGGUAUAGUGGACAGUCCGAUUAUUCGAAGCUAUAAAGGAAAAAUCAUUACAGUUGUUAGUAGUAACACAAAUAAAUUAGCUUCUGAGUUUGCGACAAAACUUGUGCGUCAAGGAUACAGUCAUGUUUGUACUCUUCAUGGUGGAAUAGAAGUCUUACAAAAAACUGGUUUUCUUACUACUUGUAACACUGAAAGUUAAGCUGAUACAUUCCAAAUUAUUCAAAUAAUGCUAUGGAUAAAAAAUUUUAAUUUAUUCUAUAAAUACUAUAUUAUAUUUUAUAAAGUUUACUAGAGUGGUGUGUUGGGAUUUUAGCAAGUCUGUGAAAUCGAUUUUUUCUCAUAAAAGUAAAUGUAAACAAACAUCGAAAUAUGACUCUUAUCAUUUUUUAAUAAUAAUUAAUUUUCUUAAAAUAUAUUAAAACACAAUUAUGUUGUAAUUAUUAAAGACUGAUACUUUUAGGAAUAAAAUGUUCAAAAUUGUUGAAUAAAUUAUAGUUUAAGAUAUAAUAAAUUUCAUAAGUUGGAAAAAAGAUUUAAAAAAAAUACUGCUAAAGCAUCUGCUAAACUAUACUAGUUGAUUAGUAAAAUAUUAACAAUCAGAACUAGAUCUGUAAAAUAGAUAACUCUGGCAAUUUCUAAUGUUUCUUUAAUGAGAAAAUGCGAGAGGAGGAAAAAUUCAUAGAUUUCGUUCUUGGUAUUUUGAAAAUUUUUUUUUGGAAAAUUUUUUUUUUGUUGUUGUUGUUAUUUGUUAUAUAAAUCACCCUUUCAGAAAAUGAAAGUCUUGAUAUAUUUAAGAGGCUAAUACCUUCCAAAGUAGACUUAUUUCUAAAUAUAAUUCACGAAUGCCCUCUACAGAGAAUUAAAAUUGUGAUGGUAUAUCUUCGGAUCAUCCCUAGGAAUGUUUUUCAAACCGUUGCCAAUGGCCCAUUGUGCAGCUCUAGUGUGACGUAAAUAAAGUAUCUAGCUACAAACAUAAUUAUGUUGGCUCCCAUUUGCUAUCAUAAAAAAUAAAUAAAUAAUUAUUUUGGUAAAAUAUUUGUUUAUUAAUUCUUUUUCUGAUGUAUUUGUUGUAUAAAUAUUAAUAAAUAAAAUUAACUACAGCAAAACAAUACUAUAUGAUUAAAAUAUUUCUGCUUUCGAUCGUGAGAAGAAUUAACCUACGAUAAUAAAAAGCCCAAGCAUCAACCUAGCAAUCUUACUUCUAAUUGCUUGUAGUUUUCAUGCAAAAAUGACAAUGCAAUAUAAAAAACAUGCAAUAUAUAAACUUUUUUUUACUGACAGAUUUUCAUAGAUUUCAAAUCUGUAUAUUGAAUCUAAAAAAAAUCAUUGUAAAUAGAAAACUUUUCUAUGUAUAAUUUAAUGUACUCUUAGCAAAUAUUUAUCUUUUUUUGAAAUGUUCUUUGUAAAUUUCAUGUUAUAUUACUCUUUGUAUUAUUUAAAUUAAAUAUAUGUUGUAUAAAAUGUGCUAUGUAUUUC